AUGGACAAAAACAAGGAUUCCCCGUCAGAAGCGCUUACUCUUGAUGGUUUCGGGUCCGUUUCUCUCGACGCUCUUCAAAUAGAGGACUCCCAUUAUGAGGAUGGAACACGCGUCCUUAUGCGAAUUUCUGGGAAUAAUCGGACUCACACUCCCCCCAAUCAAAUUGGAAAUAUUCAAAUACUUACUACAGCCCCGCAAGAUGCUUUGGCGCAGCAAGAAGCCAAGCACGAAUUGUUCGCCAUCAGUCAAAGCCCCAACGAGACUAAGUUUUCUAUGCGAAUUCCCGCAGAGACUCAAAAUGAUUGUCUACGGCCUGCCCUAUGGUGGGACAUGUACUUCAGUCCUAUCAAUGAUAACAUCAUCUUAAUGAAUAGGUCAGACGUUCAGCUCAGUUGUCACAGCCUAGUUUCUCGCACCACGGUGAACAUCAACUCGAGGAUGGCACAGAGUUUGAGUCCUGCCACCUGGCGCAUGACUGUAACGGAUAUUGCCAUUGCAGAAUUCAGGAUCAUACCAAAACAACAACACGGAAAAGCCAUCGCGCUAGACCUAAGCCAGGGCAUUGCAACAACGAAUUUCAUGGAAAACAAUCCAUUGCUCAGUAACAACGAUACUGAGUCUGUCACGGUUCCGGGACGAAUUGUUGAUCAGUACCGCAUUCUCAGGCACCGCAGUAUUUCAAGAUCUGCCUUGUCCACCAUUUAUCUUGCGGAAGAUUCAAGGCGUCCGGGUCUCAUCGCUGUGAAGGUUCUUCACCCACAAAGAGCAGCUCACAAUGUGUCAUGCAUCGACUUCGUCCAUCUGGCUGGAAGGUGGGAAAGGCAAGUUAAAAACUAUCAAGGCCUGAAGCACAAGUCCAUUGUUCAAUACUAUGGCCAUGACGCCCGAUUUCUAUCUAUAUAUAUGGAGUCAGUCGAUGCCCAAGACUUGGGAAGUCGCCAGUGGCGCGACGUUGCCAAUGGAAACGAGUUCACAGGAGAGAAAGCCGAUGCAUCAAGGAUUGCAAAGGAUAUAUCCAGCGCGUUAAGUUAUAUACAUGAGCAUGGCGUGAUUCAUAAUGAUAUUAAGCCAGCAAACAUCCUAUACUCAUACUCACGAGGGGGGGUGCUCUGCGAUUUUGGAUGUUCAACUACAACCAAGACUUCGUCGUUCACUGGUGGCACGCCAUACUACAUCCCCCCAGAAUUUAUUGGAACGAAGAUUCGUGGCCCGCCUUCUGAUAUCUGGGCGCUGGGCAUUACCGUGCUCUAUCUGCUCCGUAAAACUGGUCUCCCUGAUGGACGCGCAAAACGCGGCCGCGCUCAAUCGCUAUAUUGGCUGAUUGCGGGGGUGAACAACAAGAACCUCCCCCAUACGACAAUUGGUAACGGGAGGUCGGCCGUCGAUCAAAUGAUUCAAUGGCUUACAGAGGUCCAUGGUCUCAGGGCCAGCCUCAAUGUAAAUGACCCGCUUGAGCAAUUGGUCUUCAAAAUGCUAGCACUGAAUCCUGAUGAGCGUAUUAGUGCCAAGAGUCUGGCACAACAGGCAGAGAAUCUUGACGAACAUUCUCAUCAAAAUCAAGCAGAUCAAUUCUUCGUCAUUCACCCCGAAGAUCAAAACCCCCCCUGCAAUACGCUCUGUGUUGGGAACCUGUCAGUACAUACAAAUGAGGAACAGCUUAAGGGACUGUUUUGCAAACAAAAAGGAUACAAGCGACUUCGCUUUCGUACGAAGCAGGAUGGAGCAAUGUGUUUUGUGGAAUUUGAAGACGCCUCGCUUGCUUCAACGGCACUUUAUUCUCAAGCUCGUAACAUCCUUGAGCUGAAGAGUACACACGGAGCUAUAAGGCUUAAUUUCGCAAAGAACCCUCUCAACACUACAUCUGUCAACAAUGAUGUUCUUUCGGGGGACGACCAAGAUCUCAGCCUUUCAAAAAGCUUUGAAGAUGCGGACUCGCCCUCGGGAGCUGUAAUUUCGUUGCCGCCUGCGAGUGUGUCAGACCAAUACAAGGUACCUCCUACGGACUCAGGAUACGCAUCUACGAAUCCAAUUGCCAGAGGAUUUGAAUCACUGAAAAAACAGGAAAGCCAGGCUCCUGCACCAUCGCGGGAGGAACUAGCGAGCGAUGACGCUGAUGACACAGCAACACAGUAUUCUAAUCUUUCCAGUUUCUCGAUUUCGAGGAGCCAUAAACUAAUAUGGGAACUCGCGAGUGAUCUAUUCAACAAACUGAACUUGUGCAACGCGAAUGAAGCCACGAGGCAAAGAGUCUCAGCCAUCAUGCCAGAACUGCUAAAAUCCUUCGCGUUCAGGAUUGGCUACCGGGCACCAUCUCAAAUGCAUCGAGAUAUCAUGUCUUUUGUCCAUAGAAACAGACGUGAUAUUGCUUCAGCCUUUAUUGAUAUUGCCUUCGCAGAAGAUCCAGAAAUCACUGAUGAGAACAUUGAUUCCUCUGAUGCCAUGGAUCUGGAAGACCGUAUGCGCCUGUGGCACGAGAAGACGAAUGAAGAUCAGACCCCACUCGAGAAUGAGAUGGGGGACUUGAACUUUGAUGAGAUGACCGAGGAUUACGCAUUCGAUGAGAUGGACGAAGAAGAAGAAGGGCCAUUCGAAUGGGUUGUAGCCUACCAAGCCCUACUCUCCGACAGUGAGGCGUACAAAUGGCUACUCAAUCGACUUCUCGGAGAAUUCCGUCUCGUUCAAACAGAGCCGAAUAGUAUUCAGACUAUUCGUGCGGAAAUUGCGAAGUUACUUCCACGGACCCAAAGAGUUAGCAGAAAGGAGACUCCGAAGAGCUCAACUGUUGUAUUUGACCUUGAUUGGGAUAUUCAUGCGUUCUUCGAGGAUCAAGCGUAUCGUAACAAGCCUGAAGAGGCGCUCGAAACCGUGAUCACUCUCACUGGAUCUUUCUUAGAUGCGCAGGCGGCAACUUGUGCGCAGUAUAUCCAACAGACCUGGCCAUCAACUGGACAGACGAUAACUGAACUCAUCAAAGGGGUUCUUGCCAGUGAGGAUGGAUCAUAUCAAUUUGAUUCAUCCGGCGGAUCAACCUUACGGGCCGUGAUUGCGAAACCAAGACUAAUGGUGGAGAUUUGCGGCGAUACAUGUUCUGUGAUAGAAGUUGGAGAACAACUAGCUUGGCUCGGAGCAGCGUUGAGGACAUCGCAGAGACAAGAAGGUGUUGUCUACUGCACGCCUCAGAUUUGUGACUUGCCCCAGGACAGCACAUUUCUACAGCGUUUCAAGUCACAGCCGCUAUCUGCAGGCUUCCUCUUCUGCCAAAUUGGCUUCACCCAAGAAGAUGUUCCAGUGUCUCCUGAGCCUAUGAAUGGCCGGUGCUGGCAUGAUGUUUUCAGAAAUCCAGUUAUCGUGCGAGGAUAUCCCAUUCGGCAGCGAGUCGAAUACGGUACAGGCCUAGAAAUGCCACUGAAUAUCAUGGCCGGCCUAGUUCAAACUCAGCAGGUUGAUCGAUUCAAAGAGAGGAUCUAUAUCAAGGGCUUCUCAACUAUGCUUAUUUUAACCAGGCGGAAGGAGGAUAGCCUCUACUGGCACUUGGUUUAUAACAAAGACGGAACUCGUAUAUCCUACCUGGAUGCGGAUGAGUAUAAAGCCGACCAAGCCCAUGAUAUCGCACAAUCGGAGCUAGAAAGUCUUCGCCAUGUAUUGGGAUGGUGCUCUGAAGCGAAAUUCUACGCCGGAUCGUCUGAAGCACAUCAUCCGGUUGCUCACUCUGGGCUCCCCAGAACCCAUCCGGGAUGUGCGUUAGCAGGCACAAAGGUCUCAUCCGGCCGGAUGAUCAAGGAUGGCCCUGAAUAUUCCAUUGGGUCGAAGGAUAAGCCGGUACAAAUUACCCAAAAAGGCACGAUACGGCGAUUGAAAUGGAUAUCCACCAAGUUCGUUCUCCUGUGGGACACACAUGAUGAACGAGGUUGGUUGGUUAAUGGCACAAGUGCUCUACUGCACGUGGUGAGAGCAUCGCUGUCUCAUGCAAGCAAAGAUCCCUUUCGAUCAGCUUUUCUUUUCAAGAACACGGAUAUGGAAGAAGCAGAAACACCAUUUACCGCCAACUCUGCCGUCGAGGUAUUGAUCAAUAAACACAACCGGAACCUCAGGCUCUAUGAGGACGAUGACGAAGAUGGGGGUUAUAUUUUUCUCAAAACUCAAAUUGACCACUUUUAUAGCCUCCUGGAGAAACUCAUAGAUCAUCAGGCCGACGUAUCCUCGAACAAUAAUCUCUCAUUGACUGAUAGGCCACGGAGAUACCUGGAAGGAUGGGACUUUGAGGAUCUGGUGACAGAUUGUGACCCUUUGCGUCCACGAGUAGCUACCAUACAACCGAUCGGCAAGGGGUGGGUUGAUUUUGUAAGAGAUAUUCAUGCCGUUGUGCUGCAUGGUCACGGCUUUGGUGACAUCAUACGACCAUCAGGCACAGGCUUGUGUGAGUACUGGGCGGAAUUGCCAAAAAAUCAGUUCUACGUUGCUAGUUGUCUCUCAGACCUGGAGCGUCUGAGCAAGGCAUCUGGAGGCCAAGACGAGCAUGAAUGGGUGACGAGAAAUUUGAUAUGCCACACGCCUACAACGCCCUUCAUGUUUUGCCAGUGCAAAGGCGGGUUAGGACAAGAUCAUAGCGAGCCAGUGCAGACGCUUUUCCCCUCAACGCUGUGUCAAGCCUUGCGCCCGAACGUACACCGACUGGAAUUGAGAGGCCCCGGGGCAAUUAUUUUUGGACACAACUCAGCCUUUCCUUGGAUAUGGGGCGACACUGGACCUCCUGAAGAAGGGGAAUUGAGGGGAACAGACAUGGCAUCCAGUUCAGUCUGUAAAGACACAGAUUCUUUCAAGGACAGUGGUAUUGGGUUUAGCCCUGGUCCAAGCACGAAACGCACCGGUACACCUUCGUCUACGACAAACACGAGGAGCUUGUCUGAAUCUGUGAGUGAGCUCCUCCUGCGCUCUAUGGGAGAAGAGUCGAUGGUUGCGAUAGAAAAAAGAGCGUACACCCGAGAUCGGUAUACAGUGGGGAUCAUAUGUGCUCUGUCUAAGGAGCUUAUGGCAGUCCGAGUACUCUUUGAUAGCAGACAUUCUGGUUUCAAGACAGGAGUCGCGGAUAGCAAUCAGUAUGCCCUCGGGGAGAUAGCGGGACAUCUGGUGGUCGCCGCAUGUCUCCCAGCCGGAGAGUAUGGAACCAACUCAGCGGCAAGUGUAGCGUCCAACAUGAAGCGCAGCUUUCCUUUCAUUCGGUUCUGCCUCUUGGUCGGUAUUGCCGGUGGAGCGCCAUCAGAAAAGAAUGAUGUUCGUCUUGGCGACGUCGUUGUUGGACUUCCUACCGGCACCAAUCCCGGCGUGUUCCAGUAUGAUCUCGGAAAAAGUAACGAAGACAACUCGUUCUGUCCUACUGGCGUGUUGCAACGCCCUCCUCGCGUUUUGACCAACGCGAUCAAUGCCUUGCAAUCGGACCCGGGGCUACGAACAGACCCGUUGGGACCUCACCUAGAGAGAAUCAUCAACCAUCUACCGGAGUACAGAUAUCCGGGGUCGGAACUGGACGUGCUUGUCCCAUCUUGCGGCAGUUCGUGUGAAUCUCGACAGAUAACUAAUACUUCCUGCCCUCAUAUUCGGCAACGCGCUCAACGUGCCACGAAUACACCUGUCAUUCACUAUGGCCUUAUCGCUUCCGGGAAUCGCGUGGUAAAGAACGCAGCGUUCCGUGACCAGUUGACGCGACAGCACGGUGCCCUAUGCUUUGAGAUGGAGGCUGCCGGUAUCAUCAAUACUGUGGAGUGUCUCGUCAUUCGUGGUAUCUGCGACUACUGUGACGGGGCAAAGAACGACACCUGGCAGGAAUAUGCGGCAGCAACAGCGGCGGCAUAUGCAAAGCUCUUGCUUGGUGUCGUGGCUCCGGUAGAGGAGGAUAAUGUUGGCGAGGAUUGGAGAAGUGGCGAUGAACCAAGAACGAAGAAGCGCAGAUGGAUAUCGUAA